GCAUUGCGUGACAAUACAGAUGAAAAACAACGUCACAAGAUUACCGUUUCUGGGAAAUCUGCUAUUCAUAGAAUCAUUACCCUAAGACAAACGACACUCACUGAUAACAUAAAGUUGAGCUUUUGGCGAAGAAAUAGUUCAGAACGUUGUGACAUUAUGGCGGAUAAGUCGAAGAAAACCAUUUGUCUUUUCAAUUGCGAUAACACCUAUAAGCUAGAUGUGGUUGAGGCGUUCCUGAUGGAAAUGAAUAAGAAACAUGGCUUCAACUUCGCGAUUGGGAAGCACAACUUUGAAUUGCAACAAGUGGCUAAUUAUUGUAAGACCAAAAUUCCUCAAAUUCAGAUGGAUUGUGCAAUUUUUGUCGUACAGGCACACGAGUCGCGUCUCUCGAUCAACGAAGAUAAUGCGGGGAUUGGCUAUGCGAAGAUCUACAGAGCUUUGUUAGUUGCCACAGGUAAGUUAAGGGAAAAAAACUGUUUCAUUUAACGGGCAUGGAUGGCAUAGAACUAAACAACAGACAGUUUAUCGCGUUAUUAAGUGUUGAACGGGAGAUUCGGUAAAAGAGAAUAUGCGCAAAUACUUUACUUUUUCUUUCGAGCCGUUGUUGUCACACACCAUAAGGCGGAAGCGGUUUAGGGGUUUUUUUCGGCAUUUGAUCCAUUUAUCCUGUGAAAACGAAAUGACAUGUUCGUGAUACAACAUUCGAGGUCAUAUUUUUUAAAAUAAGGAGAAUUUUAUUUUUACGAAGAAUGGGAAAUGUGAUAAUAUUCAAAACAUUUGAUUCAACUCGCCUGGUAGGUAGUCUAGGUAUGCGAAUGCUUAUGAAUAAAGAUUCUACUUGCAAUUCGUACGGGACUCAGUGUAUUUGUAACAGAAGCUAAAGAAUUUAGAGUCUUUUUUUGGCAUUUGAUCAAUUUAUCCUGUGAAAACGAAAUGACAUGUUCGUGAUACAACAUUCGAGGUCAUAUUUUUGAAAAUAAGGAGAAAUUUACUUUUACAAAGGAUGGGAAAUGUGAUAAUAUUCAAAACAUUUGAAUUAACUUGUCUGGUAGGUAGUCUAGGUGUGCGAAUGCUGAUGGAUAAAUCUUCUUGUUGGAAUUCGCACGGGACUCAGUUUAUUUCUAACAGAAGCUAAAGAAUCGCAUUUGUCAUCAGGGGAAAAGAGGGUAUUGGUUAAAUCUGUGACAUUAUUAAAACCGUGCAACACACUGGCGGAGCGAAAUGGAAACAAAUAUACAUGUAAGACACGCAUGAAAAAGCUUGGUACAUACUGCAAUAUUCACGCUUGUGGUAAACAACUCGUAUGAAUUGCAAAUAGCAAGUCGGCGAACGACGCUUCCUUUUUCUUAACUAUCUAUUACUAUUAACUAUUGGUUACUAAAUGCUGCCAAUUCGAUACAACAACGAUGAAUUUAAGUUGAGAGGAAGCAAUGACUGAAGUCAUGGGGGAAUUAAUUUAGCUUGAUUACUCAUUGUUAGAAGAAGCACGAAUGGCCGAACAAAAAUUCAGUUAAUGAGUAACGUAGAAAAAUAUAAGGGGUAUUUUUCUCGGAAAAAAGACGGAUCUAAAUUUCAUUUACGGUCAGAACUUCGGAAAGAAGAGGGAAAAAAAAUAUCGAUGUACUUUUUCCUAUAAGAUCUAUAUUUGAUUAUUUGAUAGAAUAUAUAUCCUAUAUUUAGGAAAAGGUUAGUUUACAAGUGUCGCAAAGAAAAUAGUUGCAAAACAGAGAAGAACUGCAAAUAUCGUACACUUAAGUAAUUAUUGCACGCUUCAUGUUGUCUAAUCCUUUUUUGAAACAUUGUUUAUCAGACAACAAGGUGUUGAUCGUCAUCGGUGGCGAUGAUGAAUACAAACAAGAUGAAGACGAGGAAGGACAGUUUGUUAUCUCACGCUGGGCACGAAGGAAAGUGGAGUCACAGUUUGAUGAAGAGUAUCUCGAUGGAAGAAAGAGCUUCAUUUUUUCUUGGAAUAAGACUCAUAGAAAAAUCCACGAAGAGGCGCUAUUGCAUUACUUUGAUCCAAGCAAAAAUGGGGAAAAGUUCCAAUACCAACCAAAACUGAAUCAAAAACAAGAACCAACAACUGACCACGACGAGGUAUGACUUAAUUAAGCGACAUUCACUAAUGGUGAGUUAUGGAAAAAUGUUUUAGACAAUCUCUGAAACCAAUGAAAUAAGCCAGGUUUGUUCAGAUAUUAUAAUCUCGAUAUUUGGUUGGUGAGAAAUGAAUUAGUGCGAUGUUCCUAUACUAGAAUAGGAUAUACUAGAAUUUGCAAAUGUUUACGCUGGACCAAAAAGUCACUGAUAACGCCGUCAAAACAAAAAAGCGUCCUUGAAUGUCCUGAAAGAAAACUGAAUAGUGAAAAAAAAAAAAUACAAAUAAUUAUGAUAACGGUAACGAGGAUGAUAGGUAUAGAAACAAUUAUAAUACAAAUUUCUUGGUCAUGCAAUAUUGUUCUCUAUUAUCAAAGCUAUAGUAUUGUGCUUUGUGCUAGUAAGGCUCAGAGGUAUAUAAUGGUGAUUGAACUUAGUGGAGUGCAAGUUGAACUGAAAUCAUAUGCGUGAUCGGCAUGAUUGCAAAACGGAACUAGCGCGCAGCACGAGUUUGAUUUGAUGAGGAUGAAAACACCUUUCCCUUUUUCUUUAUCGAGCUCAAAACUAACCAUCUCUUUUAUUCUAUUGACUACAUCGUCGUUAUUCAAAUGCUGUUAGAAAGAUAAUUCAUCCAUUUUUGGCAAAAAGAGGAAUUCUCCACCCAAUGGCCUCUUUGUCUUCCGUUUUCCUGCAAUUUGAUCGAUUAUACGUAAAAAAAGCCAUGACAUCUCAUUGGUUAUUUUUGUUUUAAUGUUACUUUUUCAUUGGUUGGGGAGAUGUUUUUAGAGGAAAACAGUGCGAAUCGAGAAUAUACUGCAUUACUGAGAGCCAAUUAGUUUACAAGCAUCACCAGAAAUUUCAAAAUGCAUGUGUUAAAUUAUGUGGAGUGCAAGUUGUAAGAAGGCUAAGAGAGAUGUUAUAUACACGGCAUCUGGUCAUUCAUAUUGCAGGCACCGCUUGGAGAUAGCAAGGAAACACCUUUUCCGAGAGGAAAUGCAAGGCAGGAAAAACCCUCCGUUGAGGUAUGAGAUUACCAAGGCUAGCCCACCAAGGUUAACCCACUUACAGAAUUAGCGCCAAACGACUUAAAAACCAAACAAAAAUAUUUCUCCAUUUGGUGAAAGUUUAAAGAAAAAGUGUAUGUUUGUCUUCAUAUGCAUGUUCGGGUCGAAAGGAAAUGUCUGGAGAUUGAAUCAGACACACACCAAAUCUUAGGAACUACAAUUUAAAGUACAAUUCGCCCGAGUGGGAAGCAGGGAUAUCAGAAGUUUACGUGAGAGGAAUAAAUAGGGGCCGUAAUUUGAUAUGGUUUACAUCAAACAAUCUAGUAUGGCCAAACGAGAAUGGAGUCCUUGAACCACAAAACUUAGUUUAGAAAGUAAGACUGAACUUUAUAAAUUCAAGGAAAUGAUAUGAAUGGUUGAAUGAGUGGAAUGAAAACUGGGCUUUUAUCUUGCAGCCGAAAUUUGUAGGCGAGAGGCAUCAUAAUGAAGGAAAUGAAGCAAGUGAAAGGACAGGAAUGAACGAAACUAGUGAGUUAAGACGUUCCCAAAAUCAACCUUAUUAUGGAGGUAAUAGCGUUAGUUUGCUAACUUUCCGUUGAGAAUGGAACUACUUUUAUUUUCCCGAGUUUUCCUGAACCCCAUUCUAACAUAUCGAGUGUGGAAUACUACAGGGUAGUUUAAUAUUAUCAACUGAGUUGAUAACGUAAAUUGGCCACCGAUGAGUUUCAAAGCUGACGUUUUGAGCGUUAGCCAUUCGCUCUCGGACUAAGAGCUAACGCUAGAAACGUCAGAUCAGAUACUCUCUACGGUGGCAGAUGAACGUUAUCAACUCAGUUGAUAUAUUGAACACUAAAUUAGCCUAUUAUACUCUCCCAUCGAAGCAGCACCACAGUUUCUUUAGAUUAACCCUUAAUUCAAAUGUGGAAUAUUUUCUGAUUUAAUUCUCAGUUGUUAUUGACCUGUCUUUGUUUAUCAAAGCUGCAGCCGUGAGACGCGAUCCUCAUUACCCAGAGGGCAUUAUACUCCUGGAGACGCGUUUGGUUCAUGGCGAGAUUUCAUACAAAAAGUGGCACAUUAGAAAACGACAGGGUGCAUGGGAGCCUUCUGACUCACAAGUUUCGAAUGUAAAAGCAGACAAGUCAGAAGGAAGUUUUUCAGUGCAGUUUAAGAGUAAAGGGAACGGUGGGGUUAGCUACGUUUUUAUCCCCACACCUUGGUGGCGCAGAUGUUUUGAUUGCUUUAGGAUGUGUUGUUGUUUUUGUAGUUGUUGUCAUUAA